ACUCUGUGAACUUUCACCCCUCCAACUGUUUUCCUAUUGUUUUGAUUAACAGGUUGUCUUUUCGUGUGAAUUAUAGCAAGUGCCUCGACGGAAAGAACAUUAUAAAACCAAUAGUAAUCUUGAGGAUUUACUGAAAUGCGUACAGACGAUGUAAAUAAUAACCGUGUCGACUAGAUAGCGGCGUUGUUGUUGUUGACAAAUAUGCUUUCACAAAGAUAAGCUAACGUUAGCUGUCUGGCUAACGUAACGUACGUAGCUUUGGUAACAACAUGACGACGAUGGGGAGCGGUGUGUAGGAGCGACCAACUAGACAUCGGAUCGCCCCGAUUUCCUGCUUGUCAAUCACAUAUCUCCAGGAUUCUCCUGUCUUUGUGUCUGGAUAACCUCAAACCGGCUUUCUCAACCAAACAAACAAAACUAGCUACAUUUAACCGACAAGUUAUCUUCGAAGAGGUCUCUAAAAUCCAGCUAGCUAACGUUGGCGAUAGUGAUACUUUUUCAAAUCUGGUUGGUUUAGUCACAUUUUCUGACCUCAUGCCAAUUCAGCUUUGCACUUCAGUAAUUCAAGUCAAAACGUCUUUAUAGUGUUGGAGACUUGCAUCACUUUCUUUCAAUGGGUGAGGAAAAGCCGGACACGCUUGACUUUGUGAAGGAUUUCCAGGAGUAUCUGAGCCAGCAGACUCAACAUGUCAACAUGAUAUCAGGGUCUGUCAGCGGCGUCAAGGAGGUGGACGAGCUGCCACCAGACUGCAGUCAGAAUGGACUGGAUCACCCCUCAGUGGACAUGUCACUGGAGGACAGCUCAGGGAUCCUGGUGGAUGGCUUUGAGAGGACCUAUGACGGCAAGCUAAAGUGCCGCUACUGCAACUAUGCUACCAGAGGCACAGCAAGACUCAUUGAGCACAUCCGGAUUCACACCGGAGAGAAACCUCACCGCUGUCACCUCUGCCCAUUUGCUUCGGCCUACGAGCGCCACCUGGAGGCCCACAUGCGAUCACACACAGGCGAGAAGCCUUAUAAGUGUGAGCUGUGCUCCUUCCGCUGCAGCGAUCGUAGCAACUUGUCGCACCAUCGCCGUCGACGCCACAAACUGCUGCCAAUGAAAGGUGCUCGCUCACUUUCCCACAAGAAGAUGCUGAGUGUUUUACAGAAGAAGGCCAGCUCACUGGGCUAUGGCCGCCGACUCCUCAUCAACUUCAGCCCCCCUUCUAUGGUGGUGCACAAGGCUGACAAUGUGAACGACUUCUCCCAUGAGCUGCCUCACUUACGUCAAGAGACAUAUGAUAAUCAGGGUCGAGCAGUCGAGGACGGGCACUCCGCAAAUCAAAAUCACCAUCACCAUGAUAUGGAAAUGGACAACCCCCUGAAUCAGCUGUCCACCCUGGCGGGCCAGUUGGCAAGCCUCCCUUCAGAGUCCCAUGUCCAGACUCAACCUCCCAUGUCUCCAGGAGCAGAGUCUAUCGUGGAUGAGAAGCCCUUCCUCAUCCAGCAGCCCCACCCUGCCACAGCUCCCGUGGCUGUCUCAGCCAGCAUGGCCCAUGCCUCCUCCUCUUCCCCGAUCACUCCCGAGCCCAGGGCUCUUCCCCACAGCCAUUGCAGCCCUGGAGGGGGACCCUGCAGCGAGCACAGUGGGCGCACCAGUACCCCGAGUAUCUCCAACAGCCAACCGAGUACGCCGGCCCCAGGCCUUUCUCUCCCACUCCAGGACCCCCACAUGCUGCAUCACUGCCAGCACUGUGACAUCUACUUUCCCGACAACAUCCUCUACACUAUCCACAUGGGCUGCCACGGCUACGAGAACCCAUUCCAGUGCAACAUCUGCGGCCACAAGUGCAAGAGCAAGUACGACUUUGCCUGCCACUUUGCUCGCGGGCAGCACAAGUGAUGGAAGGAAAACUUUGAGAGAACUUUUAACGGACAGCCUUGUUUUAUUAAUUCCAUAGUAAUUUUAUUUAUUGGUCUUUUACUUGGCCUUGAUGUAGCCUAGCCUUUGAAAGUUGUACUUAUAAAAUGUCAACAUUCAGAUGUUUCAUUUUGUAUAAUUAAAGGUGCCCAUUCUAUUGUAUUAUAAGGAUGAUCAGUGUUUUCAACAGGUUGAGAAUUUAUUUGUGGCGGAGGAGGGAGUCACAUUUACAUGCUGUCAUACAUCAAACAAAAUAAUUUCUCUAAUUGUUAUUAACCUUAUUUUAUGUAGUAGGUUACUGAAUUCACAGUACCUUUCACAUUAUGUUUGGCUUUUGUGUUUUUAAAAAUACAUAACUCACUUGACCUUUUCAAAUCAAUCUUUCAAAUGCAAAACUGUGCAAUAUUACAGUAGCGCUGACAAAAAUGGAUUUCAUUGUACGAUUACAUAUCGGCACUGAAGUGAAUGACAACCAGUGGCAUUCAGCAAUCUAAAAAGAACUUAGGUUAGUCAGCAUGUUGCAUAUAUGAGAUUUGAAUGACUAAAACAAGGACAGAAUGCAGUUGUGACCUUUUUCAGUAAAGAAAAACCACUCCUGCUACUCACAUAGCAAAUUGGCUCUCACUCUCAACAGCAUCUCCCUUUUUAGAAAAAUACAAGAGAAGAAACUAAAUAAAUUCUCAACCCUCCUGGAGCUAUAUCUAAAGAUUGCUCUGAUGAUAUUAACUGAUGAUAUUGAGUGAAACUGUUGGCCUUAAGUGAUCUUACUUAAGCCUUGUCGAAAUUAUUUCAGUGCUUAGUGCAUUACUACUAUUUCUUUGCAGUGCCUGACAGUCACUUUCUUGUGCGUCCAAGAUGGAGAGGACUGUUACUUUGAAGAUUAAUAGAUAUUAUUACAAUAUCCUCUUCCUACUGUAAUGUAUAGGCCCGGAACCUUAGAAAAAAGUUUGGCCAUUGCGGUUUCCUGUGGCAGCCAUGAUUCUUUUGCCAAAAUUCUGCUCCAAGAAUGCUGCUAAGAAACCUUUGGAAUCCAAACUAUUUGGAUGGCAUCCACAGUAAAUCAUGGUUUCGGAUCAGCCAGCUAAGUUGUCAAACUACAUUCUGUAGAAGUCGGGUUGUUUUGAAGUUCCUUCACACAGUGCCCUUCCUUGACCAGCAUCAUGGUAACUUCUCUCGUUUUUGUUAAAAGGGUUUUGUAUAUCCUUUUCAUGAUGUGAUGUCACAUUCUGAUGUUUUGAUAUUGUAUGAACUCACUUUAAUAUCCAGUAUCUCCGUGUUUAGGACAGAAUCAUCAAGUCUUGUGUCUCAUGUAAAGACUUUUUCAGAAUUUCCACGUAGCACUGGGGAUGCCGCGUUUUAGCCUUUGUGGUACCACACAGAGAUUCCCCGUUUAUCAUAUGGAUCCUAGUGCUUUUCUGAAUAUUUACUGAGUAUUGUAUUCUGAGUCGUUGGGUAGAUGUUCAGUGUCCAAAAAAAAGCAAAUGUUGCAGUAAGACUGCGACUUUAGCGAGAUUGUUCUUUGUCUUGGGUACUGUUGUCUGUUGCUUAGCAACAUGCGUGGAUAACAUAGUUACUGUUUCUAGGACCACCUUCUCGUCGCCAUGCUUACCAGUAAUGGGGGCAUCCAGUAAGGCCUUAUGUUCUCUGUGUGUCGUAGGUUCAUAGGUGAUGGUGAAUGUGGAAGCCUGUUGGCGAUCACUCUCUCCCUCUGGGAUGGCUAAUCAUUUUAUCGUGAGAUGGAUUAAUCUUACUAAUUUAUAAGUAAAGUGUUUUCUAACUGAGCUGCACUUUGUGUUUUGUCUUCUUUUUCUCCAUCUUCUUUGUAUUCAAGUUGUUGUUCAUAUUUAAUGUUCAUUUAAGAGUAUGACGUAAUUAAAUACACAAACAGAU